GAGGUUUUGAACACCGCCAUUCUCACCAGAAAGCCCAUCUCGGUCCCUGUCAAAGUCAUGGGGGUUCAAGAGGACGGUUCCGUGGUGGAUGUGUCAGAGGCUGUGGAGUGCAGGUCGGCCGAUGAGGACAUCAUGAAGGUUUCCAACAAUUGUGACUCCAUUUUUGUGAAUGGGAAGGAAAUGAAGAGUAAAGUGGACACGAUAGUGAACUUCACCCAUCAGCACUUCAUCUCCCUGGUGGAAGUCACUGUCUGGGCACCCCGACUCCCCUUGCAGAUUGAGAUCUCAGACACAGAGCUGAGCCAGAUCAAGGGUUGGAGGAUCCCGGUGGCCUCCAACAGAAGGCCCACCCGGGAGAGUGAAGACGAGGAGGACGAGGAGAAGAAGGGGCGAGGCUGCUCCCUGCAGUACCAGCAUGCCCUGGUGCGUGUCCUCACCCAGUUUGUGACUGAGUCAUCUGACUUGGGUCAGCUGACCUACAUGUUGGGCCCAGACUGGCAGUUUGACAUCACUGACCUUGUGACAGAGUUCAUGAAGGUGGAGGAGCCCAGAGUCGCCCAGUUAUAGGAUGGUAGGACCCUGGUUGGUCGGAAGCCAGGAAUCACCACUGUUCAGGUCCUCUCACCUCUCUCUGACUCCAUCCUGGCUGAGAAGACAGUGAUUGUCCUGGAUGACCACAUCACCAUCAUGGAGCUGGGCGUUCAGCUGGUGGCUGGCUUGUCCCUCUCCCUGCAGCCUCACAGGGUGGACCGAAGGGUCAUCGUCUCCACAGUGGCUGCCCAGGAUGUCACAGCAGCUCCUCUCCAGGAAGCCAUAGUCAGUUCUUGGAUUUUGUUCAGUGAUGGCUCCGUGACACCUUUAGACAUUUAUGAUCCCAAGGAUUUUUCCAUAACUGUCUCAUCAUUGGAUGAAAUGGUGGUGUCUCUCCAGCCAAACUUGCAGUCCCAGUGGCCGGUUGUGGUUGUAGAGGGCGAAGGACAAGGGCCCCUGAUAAAGUUGGAGAUGAUGAUCAGCGAGCCUUGCCAGAAGACCAAGAGGAAGAGUGUUCUUGCUGUGGGUAAAGGAAGCGUCAAGGUCAGGUUUGCACCAGGCAUCGAGGAGGAGCACUGAGGAGGCAGCAAUGACAUUGAGGGCGUGAACCGGGAAUACAAAGAUCACCUUAGCAACUCCAUAGAGCGGGAAGGGAGCCAGGAGUGAGCAGUCCAGGAGUGGCUCCAGCGUGGGGGCCCUGCUGGCCCAGAGGACAGGACCAACAGGAGCACAACCCUGCCGCUGCCUGGGGAAGGGAAGGACAAGAAGCUACUCAAGAGUGGUGGUACAGAUGCCUUCACCAGCUUCCCCACCCAGGGGAAGUUUCCAGAAUCCAGUAACCCUAGUGACCUUACAGUGGCCUCCAGAGGCUUGACGGACUUGGAGAUCGGCAUGUACGCCCUGCUCUGCGUCUUCUGCCUGGCCAUCCUGGUCUUCCUGAUCAACUGUGUGGCAUUUGCCUGGAAGUACAGACACAAAAGGCUUAUGGUGAGCGAGCAGGGCAACAUCCCCCACUCCCACGACUGGGUCUGGCUUGGGAACGAGGUGGAGCUUUUGGAGAACCCAGUGGACAUCACGCUCCCCUCGGAGGAGUGCACGACCAUGAUAGACAGGGGGCUGCAGUUGGAGGAGAGGAACUUCCUGCUGAACAGAGGUUCCCAGAAGCCCUUCCACAGUCAUCUCCUCAGACCUUCUGACUAUGUCUAUGAGAAAGAGAUGAAAAACGAACCUGUAAACUCUUCUGGCCCGAAGAGGAAGAGGUUCAAGUUUACUUCCUAUACCACCAUCCUCCCCGAGGAUGGGGGCCCGUACACCAACUCCAUCCUGUUUGACAGUGAUGACAACAUCAAGUGGGUCUGCCAGGACAUGGGGCUGGGGGACUCACAGGACUUCAGAGACUAUAUGGAAAGACUGCAGGACCAGAUGUAA